CUCACAUUGUGCAAGGAAAGACUCCGAGUUGCAAAAGGCACAGCGGUUCAAACGCUCGACGGAGAAGCCAGCCGAAACAAGUGUCCUCAGUGGCGAGAAAGGAACCCGAAAUGCCGGUGACAGAGAAAGACCUGGCUGACGAUGCGCCAUGGAAGAAAAUACAACAGAACACCUUUACCCGCUGGUGCAACGAGCACCUGAAGUGCGUGAACAAGCGGAUAGCUAACCUCCAGCUAGACCUGAGCGAUGGCUUGAGGUUAAUCGCUUUGCUGGAGGUUUUGAGCCAGAAGAAGAUGUAUAGAAAGUACCACCAGAGACCAACCUUUAGGCAGAUGAAGCUGGAGAACGUCUCGGUGGCUCUUGAGUUUUUGGACCGAGAAAAUAUCCGCCUGGUGUCCAUAGACAGCAAGGCCAUCGUGGACGGGAACCUAAAGCUGAUCCUGGGCAUGGUGUGGACCCUCAUCCUGCACUACUCCAUCUCCAUGCCCGUGUGGGAGGAUGAGGGCGAUGAAGAUGCCAAGAAGCAGACACCCAAGCAGAGGCUGCUGGGAUGGAUCCAGAACAAGAUUCCUGACCUGCCCAUCACCAACUUCAGCAACAACUGGCAGGAUGGGCGGGCACUGGGGGCGCUGGUUGACAGUUGUGCCCCAGGCCUGUGCCCAGACUGGGAGACCUGGGACACAGUGAAGCCGGUGGAAAAUGCUCGAGAAGCCAUGCAGCAGGCAGAUGACUGGCUGGGAAUCCCUCAGGUCAUCACUCCAGAAGAGAUCAUCGAUCCCAAUGUGGAUGAGCACUCAGUAAUGACCUACCUGUCACAGUUCCCCAAAGCUAAGCUGAAGCCCGGGGCUCCCCUCAAACCCAAGCUCAAUCCGAAGAAAGCUCGGGCCUAUGGACCAGGGAUCGAACCUGUUGGGAACAGAGCCAUGCGGCCAGCAGUGUUCACUGUGGACACCUUCAGUGCGGGUCAGGGUCAGGUGACCAUCUACAUUGAGGACCCUGCUGGAACCAGAGAGGAGGUAAAAGCUGUCCCUAACGAAGACAAGAGCAAAACCUACAGUGUGACCUAUGUGCCGAAGGUGGUGGGGCCUCACAAGGUUACUGUGCUGUUUGCUGGGCAGCACAUUUCCAAGAGCCCCUUCGAAGUGAAUGUUGAAAAAGCCCAGGGAGAUCCCAGCAAAGUCACAGCCAAAGGGCCGGGCCUAGAGCCUUUAGGGAACAUCGCCAACAAACCCACAUACUUUGACAUCUACACUGCAGGGGCUGGCGUGGGGGACGUCUCGGCAGCAAUCCGGGACCCCCAGGGCAACAGGGACUCGGUGGAGGUGAUGAUGGAGGACAAGGGGGACAGCGUGUACCGCUGCACAUACAAGCCGGUCCAGGCCGGCCUGCACAGCAUCGACGUCAGCUUUGCCGGGAUGUCCAUUCCCAAGAGCCCCUUCACUGUGGACGUUGGACAAGCCUCCAAUCCCAACGCCUGCCGAGCCAGCGGGCGCGGCCUUCAGCCCCGGGGAGUCAGGGUGAGAGAUGUGGCGGACUUCAGAGUGGACACCAGGAACGCAGGAAGCGGGGACUUGAAGGUCACAAUCAAGGGGCCAAAAGGCCUAGAGGAGCCUGUGAAGAAGAAGGACAUUCAGGAUGGAAAUCACUUCUUUGAGUACUACCCCCACUCCCCGGGCAAGUACUCCGUGACCAUCACAUGGGGUGGCCAGCACAUUCCGAAGAGCCCGUUCGAGGUCCAGGUUGGCCCAGAAGCUGGUCCACAGAAAAUCCGAGCGUGGGGUCCAGGCCUGCAUGGAGGUGUCAUCGGCAAGUCUGCUGAUUUUGUGGUGGAAUCUGUGGGAACCGAGGUUGGAACUUUAGGGUUUGCCAUCGAGGGGCCCUCGCAGGCCAAAAUCGAGUGCGACGACCAGAACGACGGUUCCUGCAACGUCAGGUACUGGCCCACCGAGCCCGGGGAGUACGCCGUCCACGUCAUGUGCGACGACGAAGAUAUUGAAGACAGUCCCUUCAUGGCCCAGAUCGUACCAGACACCGGCCUCUCAAGCCCAGAGAAGGUGAAAGCAUAUGGUCCUGGCUUGGAAAAGACCGGCUGCAUCAUCAACAAACCAACUGAGUUUACUGUAGAUGCUAAAGAUGCUGGGAAAGCUCCCAUGAACAUCUAUGCACAGAAUGCUGAAGGAACUCCCAUCAAUGUCAAGGUGAAGGACAAAGGAGACGGCACCUACAACUGCUCAUACACACCCACCUCGCCUAUUAAGCACACCAUAGCUGUGGCUUGGGGAGGGGUCAAUGUGCCCAACAGUCCCUUUAGGGUGAAUGUGGGGAAGGGCAGUCACCCACACAAGGUGAAGGUGUUUGGGCCCGGAGUGGAGAGGACAGGACUGAAGGCCAAUGAGCCCACCCACUUCACUGUGGACUGCACUGAGGCUGGAGAAGGUGAUGUCAGUGUUGGUAUCAAGUGCGACGCCAAUGUUAUCAGCGAUAAGGAGGAAGACAUUGACUUUGACAUCAUCCCCAAUGCGAAUGACACCAUCACGGUCAAGUACACUCCCCCUGGGGCAGGACGCUUCACCAUUAAAGUGCUUUUUGCAGGGCAGGAAAUUCCAGCCAGUCCCUUCAGAGUCAAAGUGGAGCCCUCGCAUGAUGCCUCCAAAGUAAAGGCAGAAGGUCCUGGACUGGGAAGAUCGGGAAUGGAGAGUGGGAAGCCCACCCAUUUCACCGUGUUCACCAAGGGGGCGGGAAAGGCACCACUGGACGUGCACUUCACCGGGCCCGAGAGAGGGGAGCCGGUCCGCGACUUCGAAAUCAUCGACAAUUACGACUACUCCCACACCGUCCGAUACACCCCUGUCCAGCAGGGAGAUCUGGGCGUUGCGGUAACCUAUGGGGGUGAUCCCAUCCCAAAUAGCCCCUUCAGUGUGGGAGUGGCAGCUCCUCUGGACCUUAACAAGAUUAAAGUUGAUGGCCUUGACAGCAGGGUUGAAGUGGGCCAGGACCAGGCGUUCAUGGUGAACACGAAGGGGGCCGGAGGGCAGGGCAAGCUGGACGUGAGUAUCGCCAGCCCAGCCAACAAAGCAGUGCCCUGCACUGUGGAGGCCUUGCCAGGGAAGGACAGCAGUGUGGUCAGAUACAUCCCCAAGGAAGAAGGCUUCUACUCGGUGGAUGUCAGCUAUGAUGGAAACCCAGUGCCAGGAAGCCCCUUCCCCGUGGAGGCCUUACUUCCUCCCGACCCCACCAAGGUGAAGGCCUAUGGCCCAGGUCUAGAAGGAGGGCUGGUGGGGAACCCUGCGAAGUUCACUAUUGACACUAAGGGGGCCGGAACGGGGGGCCUGGGCCUGACAGUGGAGGGGCCUUGCGAAGCCAAGAUCGAGUGUUCGGAUAACGGGGACGGCACCUGCUCUGUGUCCUACCUUCCCACGGAGCCAGGGGAGUACCUGGUCAACAUUCUGUUUGAAGAAGUCCACAUCCCCGGCUCCCCCUUCAAAGCGGACAUCCAGCUGCCCUUUGACCCCUCCAAGGUGGUGGCGUCUGGCCCGGGGCUCCAGCGGGGCAAGGUGGGCGAGCCGGGCCUCGUCACCGUGGACUGCGCCAGGGCCGGGCCUGGCAAGCUCUCCAUGGAGGCCGUCUCCGACACUGGCGCCAAGGUGGAAACCAAGCUCCACGACAACGCCGACGGCACUUACAACGUCACCUAUGUCCCUCUCUCUGCUGGCAUGUACACCCUGCUGCUCAAGUAUGGUGACAAAACUGUGCCAAACUUCCCUGCCAAGGUACGAGUGGACCCAGCUGUGGAUACAAGCAAAGUCAAGGUGUAUGGACCUGGAGUUGAGGGCAAAGGAGUUUUCCGGGAAGCUACUACUGAAUUCACAGUGGACGCUCGCUCUCUGACCAAGAUUGGAGGGAAUCAUAUCAAGACGAUCGUUAAGAACCCCUCGGGUGCCUGCACCGACUGCAUGGUGAAGGAUGAGGCUGAUGGGACCUACUCUGUGGAAUACACACCCUUUGAGAACGGUGUGCACAGUGUGGAGGUGCUGUAUGAUGACGUCCCUGUACCCAACAGCCCCUUCCAGGUGGGAGUGUCAGAGGGCUGUGAUCCCUCUAGGGUGGUAGCUAAGGGACCUGGGCUCCAGGAGGCCCUAACAGAGCAGCCCAACACUUUCUCCAUUAUCACCAGAGGAGCAGGCAUUGGUGGUCUUGGAAUCACAGUGGAGGGACCUUCAGAAUCCAAGAUGUCCUGCAAAGACAACAAAGAUGGCAGCUGCAAUGUGGAGUAUAUCCCCUAUGUCCCAGGGAUAUAUGAUGUUAACAUCACUUACGAGGGACAGCACAUACCAGGAAGUCCCUUCAAGGUGCCGGUAAAAGACGUUGUGGAUCCCAGCAAGGUGAAGAUCGCCGGACCAGGCCUGGGCACGGGGGUCCGAGCUAAAAUCCCUCAGCAGUUCACAGUGGACUGCAGCAAGGCUGGACAAGCACCGCUGUCUGUUUCUGUAUUGGCACCCAAAGGUGUGGCUGAGCCAGUGGACGUGACUGACAAUGGAGAUGGAACCCACACAGUUGCUUACACCCCCUCGGUGGAGGGUCCUUACUCAGUUUCUGUCAAAUACGCGGAUGUGGAUGUCCCUCGCAGUCCGUUUAAAUUCCGAGUGUUGCCCACUUACGAUGCCAGUAAAGUUCGAGCCAGUGGCCCAGGCUUGACCAGUGGACUGCCAGCCAGCCUGCCUGUGGAAUUCACCAUUGAUGCCAAGGAUGCUGGGGAGGGUCAGCUGUCGGUGCAGAUCACCGAUCAGGAAGGGAAGCCAAAGAAAGCCCAGAUCCACGACAACAGGGACGGCACCUACAGCGUUUCUUACGUCCCCGACAAGGCUGGGCGCUACACCAUCGUCAUCAAAUACGGGGGAGACGAAAUCCCCACUUCACCCUACCGAGUUCGCGCCACCACCUCCGGAGACGCCAGCAAGUGCACGUUGGAGGGUCCUGGACUGGGCCCAGUCAUUGCCAUCGGACAGGAAGUGGGCUUCGUGGUGAACGCAAAGCGUGCUGGGAGAGGGAAAGUGUCCUGUGUUGUGGUCACCCCAGAUGGGACGGAGGUGGAAGCAGAUGUCAACGAGAAUGAAGAUGGGACCUUUGACAUCUUUUAUACCGCCCCCAAAUCAGGCACUUACAUUAUUUAUGUCCGCUUUGGUGGUGAGAACGUUCCCAGGAGCCCCUUUAAAGUCACGGCCACAGAUGAGGCCCCUCUGGUGCAAGAGCAGAGUGUCCAGCAGCAGCAGGCAGCCCCUGGUCUCCCCGGUUUCCAGCCCUGGGUGACAGAUGGAGCUUACAUUCCGGUCAACAGCAUGAACGGGACAGGAUUCCGGCCUUUUGACAUGGUCAUCCCUUUUGCCUUCAGUAAGGGAGAGAUCACAGGUGAGGUCCACAUGCCAUCAGGGAAGACUGCCCAGCCAGACAUCAUUGACAACAAAGAUGGCACUGUCACUGUGAAGUAUGCCCCUACAGAGGCCGGCCUGCAUGAGAUGCACAUUAAGUACAAUGGCACUCAUAUUCCUGAGAGUCCGCUGCAGUUCUAUGUGAACAAUGCUAACAGCCCCAAUGUCACUGCCUAUGGGCCGGGCCUGGUGUAUGGUAUUGCCAACAAGACCGCCACCUUUACCAUCUGCACUGAGGACGCCGCAGAAGGUGGUCUGGACCUGGCCAUUGAAGGCCCAUCCAAAGCAGAGAUCAGCUGUACUGACAAUAAAGACGGCACAUGCUCUGUUGCCUACUUGCCUACCCUGCCAGGAGAUUACAAUAUCCUGGUUCGCUACAAUGACAAGCAUAUCGCUGGGAGCCCGUUCACUGCCAAAAUUACUGAGGACAACAGGAGAAGGUCACAGGUCAAGCUGGGCUCGGCCGCUGACUUCUCCCUGGACAUCAAUGAGACCGACCUCAGCCUGCUCACAGCUAGCAUCAAGGCGCCAUCUGGACGAGAUGAGCCCUGCCUGCUCAAGAGACAGCCCAACAACCACAUUGGUAUUUCCUUCAUCCCAAGAGAGGUCGGGGAACAUCUUGUGAGCAUUAAAAAGAAUGGCCGGCAUGUUGCCAAUAGCCCCAUCACGAUCAUGGUGGUGCAGUCAGAGAUCGGAGAUGCCAGCAAGGUCAAGGCCUAUGGUCAAGGGCUGGUGGAAGGACAUACCUUUGAGAUGUCUGACUUCAUCGUAGACACCAGGGAUGCAGGUUAUGGGGGACUGGCUUUGUCCAUUGAAGGUCCCAGCAAGGUGGAUAUUCAGACUGAAGACUUAGAAGAUGGAACAUGUGGUGUGGCCUACUGUCCCACAGAGCCUGGAAUCUACAUAGUAUCCAUUAAAUUUGCAGAUGAGCAUGUCCCAGGGAGCCCGUUCACUGUGAAGGUGGCUGGAGAGGGCCGUGUUCGAGAGAGCAUCACACGCAGGCAACGGGCAGCUUCCGUCGCCACGGUGGGAAGCGUCUGCGACCUCAACCUGAAGAUCCCAGAGAUUGACAUCCACGACGUAUCGGCCGAGGUCACCAGCCCCUCGGGGACGACGGAAGACGCAGAGAUCGUGGCCGUGGGCAACAACACCUACUGCGUGCGGUUCGUGCCCCACGAGAUGGGCGUGCACACCGUCAGCGUGAAGUACCGCGGGCAGCACGUGCCAGGCAGCCCCUUCCAGUUUACCGUGGGGCCACUGGGAGAAGGGGGGGCUCACAAGGUGCGAGCAGGAGGCCCGGGCCUGGAGAAGGCAGAGGCCGGCACCCCAGCGGAGUUCAACAUCUGGACGCGGGAGGCGGGGGCAGGGGGUCUGUCCAUCGCCGUGGAAGGGCCGAGCCGUGCUGAGAUCGCCUUUGAGGACAGGAAGGAUGGCUCCUGCGGAGUGUCCUACAUCGCUCAGGAGCCUGGUGACUAUGAGGUCUCUGUGAAGUUCAACGAUGAGCACAUCCCAGACAGCCCCUUCCUGGUGCCAGUGACAGCGCCCACCGAUGACGCCCGCAGACUCACUGUUGCCAGCCUUCAGGAGUCAGGCCUCAAAGUUAAUCAACCAGCCUCCUUCGCCGUCAGGCUGAACGGGGCCCAGGGCAACAUUGACGCCAAAGUUCACAGCCCCUCGGGAGCCCUGGAGGAGUGUGUGGUGUCCGAGCUGGAACCAGACAAAUAUGCCAUUCGGUUCAUCCCUCGGGAGAACGGAAUCCAUUCCAUUGAUGUGAAGUUCAACGGGAGCCACAUUCCUGGCAGCCCCUUCCAGGUCCGGGUCGGGGAGCCAGGGCAGACAGGAGAUGCGGGGCUCAUCACUGCAUAUGGGGCUGGACUGGAGAGGGGAACCACAGGUACACAGGCGGAGUUCACCAUCAACACCACCAAAGCUUUGCCUGGAUCCCUUUCUGCCACCAUAGAGGGCCCUUCCAAGGUGAAGAUGGAGUGCCAGGAGUGUCCUGAAGGCUACAAAGUCCAGUACACGCCCAUGGCUCCAGGCAAUUACCUGAUUGGCAUCAAGUAUGGUGGACCCAAUCACAUAGUGGGAAGCCCCUUUAAGGCAAAAGUAACCGGGCCUCGACUGGUGACGGCGAGCAAUGCCUGUGAGACUUCCACAUUGAUGGUGGAGCCAGUGACGAAGACGGCCUCCACCAACGCCUACAGUGCAAUCCCCAAGUUCUCCUCUGAUGCCGCCAAAGUGGUCAGCAAAGGUGCAGGCCUGAACAGAGCUUACGUGGGCCAGAAAAGCAGCUUCUCUGUGGACUGCAGUAAGGCUGGUAAAAACAUGCUUCUGGUUGGGGUGCACGGGCCCACCACACCGUGUGAGGAGGUGUCGAUCAAGCACCUGGGAAACCAGCACUACACUGUCAACUACAUCGUCAAGGAGAGGGGCGACUACAUCCUGGCUGUCAAAUGGGGUGACGAGCACAUUCCAGGGUCUCCCUUUCACAUCACUGUCCCAUAAUUGCCGCAGACACCCUUUUUACAGAAAAGACUGGGAGUGGGGCUGUGAUACAUGAAUAGAAAACCCAUCUGAGCUCCAUGAGGCCCAAAUCAAACAGCUGGAAACUUUGCGUUUGAUGAAAUCGGUCUGAACAAAAAUAAAUCGGCUUAAAUUGUAGACCCCUUUCUCCUGCUUUGGCAAGUGAAAAUGUUCAUUUUCCAAAAACAGAUUAUUUUGUCUAGGCCACAACCCUCUUCUGAAAAGAAAUGCCACUUAAAAACACAAUAGUUAUUUUUUUAGAAAUAACACUCUAUUAAUCACUACUAACAUCAAUGUAACUGGAAAGUUUGCUUUUUAAAAUUCUGUUACUACUGAUGAAUAUCCCCUUGCCUUUUAUUGUUUGUAGGUUUACAGAUCAGUCGUCCAUGCAUGAGUCUUAACAGAAUUGUGAUACGAUUUGUAUAACCUCCUGCUGUCUGAUAUUUUAAUCAAUAUAAGAACUGGACUGUAAAGUUUACAUGUUUUAAUUGUGAUAAAGUAUUUAAGAAUGCCUGCUUUGUGCUCUAGUAAAAGCACAAAAAAUAGAUCUUAGCUCUAAUUCUUCAUGUUAAUUGAUUCUGUGUUAGAUGAAGCUUACAUUCCUAAGUUUCAAGAUUGAGAAUGCACACAGACACAUCAUCAGAAAAAGCCAGAGAUGAGUCUGUAUCUGCACCGAAGUGUAUGGUAGAUACAUGAUUAAAGAUUAAGCAGCACGUCUUCAUAAAAUAAAGUGUUUUUCUCUACCAUAAGCAUGUUUCUAGUGCAGACAAAACACAGGAGCUGGAAGGUGACACUGACUCUGAAGGUCUACUCUAUUUUUCUAUUUUCCUCUUUGCAAAGUCUAAUUUUAAUGUGGUUUGGUUACUCCUCAUGGGAUUUGCCUCAGGUUUGUACUACAGAAAAAAAUGUCAGCUUUUGUCAGCUAGGCUUACAAUGAUACAUUUUCCAAAUGCCAAUAAGAUGACUUGAACUCUGUCCCCUUUGGUUUGUGUGUUGUGUGAAAUUCUGCAAUCACUUUGCUCUGAUCUUGGUAGCACUGUAGAGACAUGUACAAGUACAUCUCAUGUCAUACACUACUCCAUAUUCUUCUCAGCCUUUAUCUUUGUCGCUUUGAGUGGUGGUGCUGUAAGUCUGAUUGUCUGAUCUUUUGAGAUGUGUCCCUCUGUACAUUAUCGGUAUUUUGAUCACUUUUGAAAAUGGGUUUUAAAAAUCGAGGGAGCUGGAAAGUACACCACUGGUAGAGAUAGGUGGCUGUAAAAUUGUGGCAUUUUUUGUUUCCUGAUAUUUGAACGUGCUGUAAAAAGGUUCCUUUCGGCUGUUUUAUUUCAUUGCAGCACAUAAAUGCAUAAAGACCUUUGAAACCUUCAAGAAAAGUAAGGAUAAAGAUUGAGUUUUUGUCAGUCACCACAAAGAAUUUUGACCAAUUUUUAUCAUCUUCUGUACGUCUUGUUAUUAAGAAUAUCUGAACACUCAGCUUUACACUACAUUUUCCCAAAGCACGCCACAUUCCUUACAGAUUCAUAUCUUGUGGGUAUGGGGACAAUUCUCAUCCAAAUCAUUUAGAAAAAUAAAGGUUUAACCAAAAGCCUUGGACGUAUAUAUGUAUAACUUCUACUGGUAUGUUAAGACACUCAAAUGAUAUUAUUGCUGAAUGAGGCUAGUUUUGAUACAGAUUUGUUGUCUUAUAAAAUUAUUUUGUAAACGGUGAAUGUUUGAACUAAAUAAAACAGAAAGCAGAGCUGUUUUUUGCAUUUUGUAUUAGCCUGUGUGCCUUAAUGUUAAAAGAAAGAAAAUGCUUAGAAUUGAUGUACAUUUGGUAAUUGAAACAAUAAACAAAAAAAAAA